CUUAUCCGUCAAACCAAACUUUUUCCCUGCAUUGAAAAAAAAAGAUAAAUAAUUUGACAGUUCUAUCAUGUCAUUAUUUGCAACAAUUCAAAAUUGGUGAAUGGUCAUUGAGAAUAUUGAUGAGUUUUGUGAAAUGACUGAUUUUAUUAAUUCUUGUUAUUAUUUGUACCAACUUUCGAGGAACGCGUUGAUCCGCUCGUGGGAUUGUCCGGACGGCUUCCUGUAUAAUCUUCGGCCAAACACAAAGCAAGAAUAAUGGUUGACGUGGAACUUAUCGGAGAUUUCCAUUAUCAAUCAAAAGAAGAGGGUGAGAGUAAAGAUGCGUCGAACGUGGAGUAUAAUCCUUGGCCGUCCUAUAGUUUCACUGGGAAGUUGAGGCCUUUCCCGCCUGGGCCUAAAAGAACGGUGCCGCCGCACAUAGGGCGCCCGGAUUAUGCUGACCAUCCUACUGGUUUUCCGACUUCAGAGAAUGCUGUGAAAGGAUCAGGGUUGAUUAAAGUGUUGGAUGACGAGGAGAUCGAAGGUAUGAAGGUGGCGUGUCGGCUGGGUAGAGAGGUUUUGGACGAAGCUGCAAAAGCAUGCGAUGUUGGAGUGACAACAGAUGAGAUUGACCGUGUUGUUCAUGAGGCGUGCAUCGAACGGGAGUGCUACCCAAGCCCUUUGAACUAUCAUCAGUUUCCGAACAGCUGCUGUACAUCAGUCAACGAAGUUAUAUGUCAUGGAAUACCAGAUUUACGCCCUUUACAGGAUGGUGAUAUUUGCAAUGUGGAUGUGACAGUGUACCACAGAGGUUUCCAUGGUGACCUCAAUGAGACAUUCUUUGUUGGAAAUGUACCGGAAUCUACCCAGAAACUCGUCCAAGUCACAUACGAGUGCUUACAAAAAGCUAUAGAUAUUGUGAAGCCAGGAGAAAAGUAUCGGGAGAUUGGGAAUGUAAUACAGAAACAUGCUCAAGCCAAUGGACUUAGUGUGGUGCGGUCUUACUGCGGUCAUGGAAUUCAUAGACUGUUCCAUACUGCUCCCAAUGUACCUCAUUAUGCAAAGAACAAGGCAGUGGGCGUGAUGAAGCCGGGCCACUGCUUCACGAUCGAGCCGAUGAUCAACGCGGGCGGCUGGCGCGACGAGCAGUGGCCCGACCACUGGACCGCCGUCACCGCCGACGGCGAGCGCUCCGCCCAGUUCGAACAGACGUUGCUGGUGACGGACACGGGCUGUGAGGUGCUGACGCAGCGCCGCGCCGGCCGCCCGUGGUUCAUGGACCAGCUCGAGAAACUCAACGGGAACUCCUAGUUACGCCUGUACGUACAUACAUACACACAGACUUACAGCUUCAUCCCGCAUUUUCAUAUUUUUGGAACUGUCACUCAAUGUUUUCUUUCUUGUUUAUAAAUUUCGUAUUUUUAUAUAGUUCUACUAGCGGCCCGUCCCGACUUCGUUCGGAUUAAACAAAAUGAAUUAACCUAAACCUUGCUCGGGAAUCACACUAUUAAAAACCGCAUCGAAAUCUGUUGAGUAGUUUUAAAGAUCUAAACAUAGGACAGACAGCAGAAAGCGAAUUUGUUUUUUUUUUGUGUUUGUAGUUUUCACGGCCGCAAUAUUGUCUAUUUAGCCAUGAAUUAGAUUAGCUAUGUCGCUUUUUCCAAUACUUUUCAUUGAAGGAACGA